UGCCCUCCCAUUUGAGACUGCCUGUAAGGCUAUUAUGUCACACUGCUGCCAUCAUGUGGCCAGGAUCACCCCUUACAACACCAACACACUGUUGAUGUCUCCAUGGCAACACCUUCUGGUUACCUGGGGCAGGGAUGCCCAGGUGAAGACCAUGGAGCAGACAGUGAAUCAUGCUGAAAAGCACCUAGGUCGCUUUUGCUCCCUGCUGGCUUCCUACACCAGGAAGACAGCCAAACUGAGAGACAAGGGAGACCUGCUAGUCGCACAACUCUUUGAUUUCUCCAGCACAGAGGACCCAGCGCUCCGGGUGGGCCUGAAGAACCUGGCUGAAGACCUGGCCAUGGUGCAGGACUACCGACAGGCUCAGGUGGAGAGGCUGGAGACUCGAGUCGUUGCUCCUCUCAAGGCCUAUGGAGACAUAGUGAAAAGUAAAAGAGCUGAUCUCAAGAAGUUCAAUGCCGAUCGGAACAGAGAGAUGAAGGAGCUGCAGAAAUUGGGGAAAAUACGAUUGAAGAACCCAGCAGACCGGCAGAGCAUUUCACAGGCAGAGGUAAAUGCCCAGAAGGCUUCUAACAACGCUCAACGCAGCACCAGGCAACUAGAGGAGACCAUCAAUGACUUCCAGAGACAAAAAGUGGAGGAAAUCAAGAGGGUUUUCACAGACUUCAUUACAGUGGAGAUGCUCUUCCAUGCCAAAGCCCUGGAGAUCUAUACACACACAUUCCAAAACCUGGAGGCAAUGGACAUAAACAAGGAUCUGGAGCUGUUCAGUAGCAGAAUCAGGAUGUCUGACCCGCUGUCUGGGAUCCUGGGCAGCCCUCUGAGCAGCCACUCCAACUCCUCCAUGAGCCGCCUCACCAGCCCCACUCUGGCCUCGACCAGGGGCCAAAGCCCCAUGUGGACUUUGGCCUCCACCCGAAACCAAGACAACAGACCCCAACACCGGCAAUACACAGAUAAACUAAGGACAUCCCGUACCAGCACCCUACAGCGUCAGAGCAGAGUGGAGGAGGAAGAGGAGGAAGAAGAGGAGGAGGAAGAAGAAGAGGAAGAGUUUCAUGAGGUGUAUGAGUCAGAGACAGAGGAGUUUGAGCACACCAACAGGCAAUCUUAUGCUGCUCAGUACGUCCAGAUGCGCAGACAGCAGAAUUAACAGC